AUGUCAAAAGUCGCGGUUUUUACUGACAAGGCCCCCAAGCCUCGGCCUGUCUAUAGCCAGGCAAUCGUGGCAAAUGGGUUUGUCUUUUGUUCGGGACAGAUCCCCAAAGAUCUCAGCGGCAAGAUCGUGGAAGGAACAGUCGAGGACCGAACGCAUCAAUGCAUUGCCAAUCUCAAGGCAGUUCUCGAGGCCGCGGGAUCAAGCCUCGAUGACGUUGUCGAAGUCAAUGUGUUUCUUUCAGAUAUGGGGGACUUUGCCAAAAUGAACAAAGUUUACGAACAGUACUGGGGUGAAGUUAAGCCCGCAAGAACAUGUGUUGCUGUAAAGACACUUCCUGACCAUACGGAUGUAGAGAUAAAAUGUGUUGGACUUGUGCGAUAG